UAAAGCCAUAAUUGAUGAUGCUACACUUCUGAAUCUUCUUCAAGUCAAGAGAUUCUUCUCUUUCUUACGCGCAGUGGUCCAAAAGGAGAUCUUGGAAAGAUGAAAACGACAGGAAGUGGUCCAAAGGAUAAGGGAAAGGGGAUAAUGCCAACGAACCGACAAGGUGGAUCCCAAAUCAGGAAUGAGCAGUUGGGUUACAUUGAUCUUGCAAUAUGGAUGGGGGGAAAGUUUGUUUUCAAUAAGGGGGAAACUGAUUAUGUUGGUGGGAAGUUGUAUACUAGAUUGACAGUGUGGUUGCAUGAGUUAACUGUUUUUAGUUUGAGGGAGCUUGUAAUGAAAGGGAUGAGUGGAACUAUAGGGAGGAUUAUUGAGAAUUUCAGUGUAUGGUUUAGGCUACAUGGGAUGAAUUUGACUAAGGGUAGGAAGAUUAUACACACUCAUGAAGAUAUAGGGAGGUUAUUGGAGACAAAAGAUGGGUCUAACAGGGUGAUUUUGUACAUUAUUGAGGAAUCCAAACCAGCUUUUAUUUACCCAUCUGUUACCUACCAAACUGCCAACUUUAAACCACCAAGACCACUGAAACAAGCUACACAAAGCAAUCCUUCUGGGCCAUAA